ACAUAGUAUAAGAAAGACCAAUGGCUUCCUACUUGGCUUAUCCUAGAAUCCUUUAAUGGACGUAUAUCAAAAGCAAAACAGGCAAAAAGCAAUGGCGGCCAUUGACUGAGAAAUUGAUAAUUACAAUUUGGAAAACUUUAAAAACAUGUAAUCUACGUGCUUCGAUAAAUAAAACGAUUAGAGGUUUUAAUAAGAAGUCUUAACACAUAAGCAUGUUAUUACAAAAAAUUUUGAAACAACGCGUUGACCUAUGCGUUGAUCACUGGUACACGGAUUUAACCAAUUAUAUCCAACUAUAUCCUAUAUCAAUCAUUAAAUUUUUGCAUCAAAUAAAUGCAAGCGUAUUGUAUAAAAUUUGAAAAAUAGUUCAUAAGGUGUGCCCUGAGGGUGGGGAACAGAUAUUGCCUGCAAGUAUAGAAAUGGCACGCAGUAUUUGCAGGCAAUGGCGGACAAACGAAUGGAUCAGCAUCUAAAUCGGUCAAACAUUGAGUGGUGGUUGUUGGCAGAUGAAGUAGAAAGGAAACACGGCAGGCAGGAAGGAGCAAACUAACGAGCGCGUCUAAGUAAUGAGCGAGACUCGGCAUCAUCUUCGCUCGGUUUCGGACUUAUACGCAGCCGACGAAAUAGAGGUGCUUCUUUUGGAAGAAAUUCGUGACUUGGAACCGCCACCCUCUGCAUAUUCUAAACCUGAGGAUAUUCAAGACUUCGAAAUCGCAGGUAGUAGAACAGGGGGGCGAGUUAGCUCCCAAUCAUCGGAACUGGAUUCACCAGGAAUCCAUUCCACAGUCCAUUCCUGGGACUCGCACGCAAACUAUCAUGAUCAUUAUGGCCAUAAUGACCAUCAUAGACAUGGCCCUUCCUCAAAUACACUGCCGUGGCCACGAACUAGUCAUUUGGUUUUUUACUGCGACAUACAGGGUCAUCUUAAAACAGCUACUGGUGCUGUUCGACUCCUACUACUUAUAUCAUCCGCAGCUUGUUUGGUUACUUUAUGCAGUUCUGGUACUGCCAAAGUCAGUCUUUUUAUGCUGCCUCUACCCGGACGUUUGAGAUUCAUGAUAUUUGUCGCUGUUCUCUGUUUCUUGAUAACUGCAUUACUUCUUUUUCUUGAUAUUUCGCACGUUAUUUAUGUAUUUCCUUUCAAUUGGUCCAGAUUGAAUACGUGGGUAUUCACUGGUAUAGGCUUAUCUUACUCAUUAAGCAGUGCGCUAUUGGCAUACUCCAUAUGGGAAUACCACAGCGGAGGUUGGGUACCGCGACGCACACGUUCCCAAUUAUCUGCCGCUGCAGCACUUGGUCUCUCAUGUGCUGUUUUAGCAUUUGUACUUUCUCUAAUACAAAGUCGCAGUGGGUCAAAUUAUGAGACUCAGGAUAUUCACAAUCACACACCAACGCCACUUUACAAGCCCGUUGACAACUCCUCCUCUUCCGGGGUGAGUAAUAGUAAAUAACAUGUUCAAUAUAAAUAAGAAUAACAAACAUCAGGAUGGAGCAUGUUUUAUAUUAAUUUCUGUUUCAUAAAAUAUAUUUUAUAAUGUUACACCUCUAUGGUUCCUUUUUGUAAUAAUUAUUUCAAAGAUAUGUUAACAGACUGUUAUUAUUUAUAAUGUAAAGACAGAUAUUAAAACAGCUAUACAAUUAUUAUUUUUAUCAAUAAUAUACAAAUUAAAAUGCAAAUAUAAUUUUUUUAUUAUAUUACCUUUUUAAUUAUUUUUGAUUAUACGUUUAACAAACAGAUCUGUAAAAGGACACUAUUAUAUUAAGAAAUAGACAAUAGUAUGUAGUGUAUUCUGCUACAACAAUGUGUGAGUCGUCUGGUAGUAUUAUAAGAAUGUGUAUACGUAUCAAAAGCACCUUCAUUUGGUAGCUGGAAAUAUACAGGAUGUUCCUGAAAUGUGUUCUAAAUACAUAAUAUUCAUUUCCAUAACCCAAAUAAAUAAAAAUAAAAAAAAAUUUUAUAAUGUCAUUACAAUGAUAAACUUGUAAGACCUUUGUUAAAUUUGCAGUACAAAAAUAAUAACAAUUAUCAGACUGAAGUAGUGUUAUAAUGUACGAAGAUUAUAUUAAAGUCAAGAAUGAUUAUCCAUCUAGCUGAUGUAUCCAUUGUGCAGGGAUAAUUAAUAACAUGCUUUAAAUUUAAGUAGAAGGCAAGGACAUGGUAUUUUCUGAGCCCUGUUAUAUAAAGUUUUUCGAUUAUAGAAAUAUGUAAGGCUAUUAGUUGAAAUUUAUAUUAGAUCAACCGACAUUGUAACGAACGAAUUUAUUUUAUUAUUUACAGCAUGCGUUCAACGCGUUUACAUUUAACGCGGGGAAAAUUAAAUAAAUGUAAAUGAUGUCGUUAGACCUAUUUCUCAAACGCGACUCAAGGAACGAGAUCUGGGUUACCCUUUGACUGACUGACCAUAUGUUACUGCAUGAUUAACUUCACGAAAAGCACUGCUGCCACUGGUUGUUAUAAUAAAACCCUCGACAUAUUUAAUAUAACGGUCGUUCCUACGUUCGUUCUACGUGCUGUGAAUACUUCACUUUGAUUGCCUUCAAAAUAAAAUAUUAAUAUUUAUUGAUCUACUAACUGCGUAUACAUCAAAUUAAAAUAUGUUAUUGUUUUUAAGUAUAUUUAAUUUACAUGCAUAAUAUCGAAUAAGUUAUACGUUGACACACACGUAAAUCGAACGUUAUGUAGUCUUCGAACCCACCAAAGUAAACGCUGUCAUGUAACACGUACAGACACAUAUAUACAACAUACAUAAACACAUAAUAUAUCAAUUGUCGCAUAUUCAUUGCUCGAUUUACAUCACAAAAAGAGUGUUAGUUAUUAUAUUAAACUAAUUGUAUUAUUUUUCAACGAUGUAUCAGUGUAGAAUGAAUUUAAAUUCUGCAAAAAAAGACUUGCAGUAAUAUCAGAAAAAUACAGAUAGAAGUAAUAAAACAAUUAGAUGAUGGAAAAAAACUUAAAA